AUGGAGAAAGAUUUCCAAAAAACAUUUACUGUUCCAAGGGGGCUUUUGCAGAGUCAAGAGCUGUACAAGUAUAUAUUGGAGACUAGUGUGUUUCCUCGUGAAGCAGAGCUGCUCAAGGAGCUGAGGGAGGUUACUGCUGCCAAACACCCAAGGGCCUACAUUGGUACCACACCAGAUGCAGGUCAGUUGUUGUCCAUGCUUUUGAAGCUGACCAAUGCAAAAAAGACGAUUGAGAUUGGAGUUUUCACUGGUUACUCUCUUCUUCUCACUGCUCUCUCAACUGCUGAUGAUGGCAAGAUUGUGGCGAUAGAUGUGGAUCGCGAGUCCUAUGAAAUAGGGCGGCCGAUUAUCAAGAAAGCUGGUGUCGAACACAAAAUCGAUUUCGUAGAGUCAGCGGCUCUGCCUGUGCUCGAUCAGCUACUGGAACAAGGAAAUGCAGAUAGUUUCGACUUCGCUUUUGUUGACGCUGACAAGGAAAAUAAUAUCAAUUACCAUGAGAGGCUAAUGAAGCUAUUGAAGAUCGGUGGGAUUGUUGUCUAUGACAAUACACUCUGGGGAGGAUCAGUUGCAAUGGCAGGAGACUUUUCAGGUACAGUUUAUACGACUCGGACCAGGGAUUCGACGAUUGAGCUGAACAAAAUGCUUGCAGCUGAUAAUCGCAUCGAAAUCUCUCAUCUUCCGGUGGGAGAUGGGGUUACCAUCUGUAGGCGCAUUUUGUGA